AUGGUGACGACUGGAGACAGGUGUAAAAUAUGUGCUUUGGCACUCCUCACUGCUAAACGUGUCUGGUCAUUUAGCUCCAUCUGGCAAGAUGAGGCUUUGCACCUCAUUACUUCAAUUAAGGAUCUAGCUGUUGCAGGAGAAUCAAUCAAUCAAACAGAAAAUCUCCUCUCUUAUACAAUUUCUGCGCUCUGCAGAGCAGCAAUCAUUACGAUGAAUUUGAGAAAUAAUGUUUGUUUUAACGAACAAUUUUGGCUUUUGAUGCUGGAUAUGUUUUCUGCGGGAAAUAAAACUUCAUCAGCAACAGUUAAAUGGGCAAUCUCAGAGGUGAUUAGAAAUCCAAGGGUGAUGGUCAAGGCACAAAGUGAAAUACAGAAAGCCUGCAUGGGAAAGAAAACAGCUGAAGAAAGUGAUAUUCAAGAACUAAAGUACUUAAUAAUAAAAGAAACUUUGAGGAUACAUUCUCCCCUGUUGAUUCCAAGAGAAUGCAGGGACGAAUGUGAAAUUGAUGGGUAUAUAAUUCCCGUUAAAACAAGAGUCAUGGUCAAUGCUUGGGCAAUCGGAAGUGACCCUGAGUCUUGGGAUGAUCCAGAGAGAAGGAGAAUUCGCCCAGGAAUAUCAUUUGGUUUAGCCAAUGUUGGGCUUCCUCUAGCUCUCUUGCUCCACCAUUUCGACUGGAAGCUGCCCAAUGGUCUCAAAUCCAGUGAAAUAGACAUGACAGAGAGUGUUGGACUAAAUGGGGGAAGAGCAAACAAUCUUUGCCUUCUUGCCACGAUGUAUGAUCCAUCCCUUGAUAUGCCAACAGAAACUUUGUGA